AAUUAAACAGAUGCUAGCAGUUUUUAACACAAAACGCGUUCAGAAACGACAGUUGACAACGACACGCCAAUCGUUUCGAAGACUUUUUCUUGGAUGAUCGAGGAAUCCAAAGAGAACAAUUAGUCAAUUAUUUAAUUCAGAGCAGAUAUCUACAGAAGCUGUAUUAAAAGCGUUUCAAGGUUGUACGAAAAAGGAUCUCGAUCAUGACGUUGUUGUCAAUAAAAAAUUGCAUCGUGCGUCAUCUCUGGGAACAAUUUCCAGUCUGAGGAAGAAGCUGAGUUAAAUUCUUGGAUAUGGGAUAUAACUUCCCAUAUAUACAAAAUUUAUCUAUUUCCUGCCUGCACUAAACGUGGCAAGCAGUUACUAUAUAACGUGCUAACUCGUCGCACGUUACGUUAAUACUUCUUCUUCUUCUUUUCUUAUCGGACCUACCCCCUAUACGGGGUUUUAAUACGCCCAGAAUUCUUCAAUUGAACGAUGCAAUACUAAAACGUGUCCACAGAAAACAUCAAGACAUGUCAGUCGAAGCAUUAUCCGGCAAAGUUUUCCUGCUGGUAACUGGUGCAAGUCGUGGUAUCGGUCGCCAAAUCGCGAUAACGUUUGGUUCGAUGCUAGAGGAAGGCUCGCGUGUGCUUUUAUUAGCGAGAAGUAAGGAUGCAUUGCAAGGAAUUGGAAAAAGUUUAUCUUCCAGUGUGAAAGUUUGUACCAUCAGUGCGGACUUGAGUAAAUCAACUGAUAUCAAUUUCAAAGAAUUCAUAUCGGAAUCUUUGAGGGGAACUACUCCCAAUGCGUUUGAUCGAGUGGUCCUGAUACAUAAUGUUGGCUUUGUCGGCAAUAUCUCCCAAACUCUAAACGAUAUAAUGGACCUGAACGUCUGGAGAGAAUUCUACGAUUUAAACCUUCUUGUACCUGCCGUAUUAAACGCGGUGGUCAUGAAUACGUUUAAUAAUAAAAUUAUUAAGAAGACAGUUAUCAAUAUUACAUCGCCGGUGGCUAUUCAACCGCUCGUUUGUUUUGGCCAAUACGCCUCGGCAAAAGCAGCACGAGAAAUGUACUUUAAGGUUUUUGCUCUGGAAAACCCUGAUGUUAACGUGUUAAGUUAUGCACCAGGACUUGUCGAUACGGAUAUGUUAACAACGGUAUGUGGAACAGUCGCUGAUUCAAAAACUAAAAAAAUGUUUUACGAAAUGAAAGAGAAGAGCAUGUUGACUACAGAACAGACUGUCAAUUGUCUUGUGCAAAUCUUGAAAAAACAUAAAUAUAAUUCGGCCGAUCAUGUGGAUUAUUACGACGAAUUGUAAAGCAAGAAGAUAUUUAGAAAAAGAAAAAAACAGAAAAUAAAAUAUAAAUAUAAUGAUAAAUAAAGUUAUUCUUUCACAUUAAAAAA